UUAUUUGAUUUUCAAAGGUUUUUGUACGAAAAAGAAAAGUCGACAGGAUGUCGAGGUAUUUGUGCAUUAUUGCCAGUCUUCUCCUGUCGCUGUCGAGUGAAUCCCUGUCAAUCCCGGUGCUGCUCGAUGAGGAAGCUGUCGGAAUCCUCGACACUCCGAAGGCGACGUGUCCUGUGCCCGAACUAAUCACUCCAUGCAUCUGCGACGUUUCCUCGACGACAGGGGAAUUAACUGUCGACUGUUCCGCGGUGUCGAGUUCAUCGGAACUGGAACAGAUUUUCCUGAGCGAACCGUUUCCGGCGGUCAACAUGGACAACUUCCGGCUCGUGAACAACCCUUACGUGACUUACCUUCUUCCUGAAUCCUUCCACAAGACUGCUUUCAAGAAUAUCGAGAUUACCUCGAAUCCAGAGUUGAGCAUGAUUAGCGAGAACACCUUCGAAUCUUCCAAGGAUAUUUUGAGGAGCUUGGAUUUGAAUUCCAAUGCGUUGACGUCAUUUGUUCUCCUUGACUCCUCCACCUACCCAAGCUUGGAACUCCUGGACCUGGGUUCCAACCAAAUUUCUGCUAAUAUUCGGGAAUUUUCGUGUUCUCCCGCCUUAAAAACGUUGAGACUGCACUCGAACCUCAUCCCGGCAAUCGAUGCAAAUGCGUUUUCUACUUGCGGAACAUUGGAAACCCUGUUGGUCGGCGGAAAUUCGUUUUCUGUGCUUUCCCAAGACGCAUUUGCUGGGUUGACCAACAUAAAGGUCAUCAGGGUCAACGUUUGUCCUGAACUCACAGUUAUUCAAACUGGAGCCUUUCCGAUUGAGGUUGGCUCUGUUCUGGAGAGAAUCGAGCUCAACGGGAAUCCUAAAUUGACUAUAUUUGAAGAGGACUGGAUAACACAAACCAGUUUUCUUAUUCUGUCGCUGUCGAGUGAAUCUCUGUCGAUUCCGGUGCUUUACGAUGAGGAAUUCGUCGUCAUUACCGACACUCGUCCAGCAAGGGCGAUGUGCCCCGUGCCCGAAUUAAUCAGUCCAUGCACAUGCGACGUUUCCUCGACGACAGGGCAAGUAACUGUCGAUUGUUCCGACGUGUCGAGUUCAGCGGAACUGGAACAGAUCUUCGUGAACGAACCGUUUCCGUCAUUCUUCAUGGACAAGUUCCGGCUCAGUGGAAAUGCUAACGUGACUUACCUCCUUGCGGAAUCCUUACACAAUGCUGCUUUUGUGAAUAUUGAAAUCACUUGGAAUCCGAAGUUGAGCGUCAUCAGCGAAGACGCCUUCAAAUCUUCUAUGACCACCUUGAAGAAAUUGGAUUUGGCCGGAAAUGCGUUGACGUCAUUUGUCCUCUUUGACACUAUGGCUAACUACGACAGUUUGGAAUACCUUAGCCUUGCUGAUAACGAGAUCACCGACAACAUACGGACAUUUUCGUGUUCGCCCGUUUUGGAAACGUUGGAUCUGCACUCAAACUUCAUCCCGGCAAUUGAUGAAUAUGCUUUCUCCAAUUGCGGAACAUUGGCAAUCCUCUUUGUCGGCGAAAAUCCUUUUUCUGUGCUGUCCAGAAACGCCUUCGCUGAGCUGCCCAACAUACGUUCCAUUUAUUUCAGCAAGUCUCCCAAUCUCGCAGUUAUUCAAACUGGAACUUUUCCAAAUAUGAGCUCAAGUUUGCAAGUUAUCCGGGCCAUUGAUAAUUCAAAAUUGAGGAUUCUUGAGCCUGGCUGGAUAUUGGGUGAGACGUGUGACACUGAAAUAUAUUUAAUGGGUUCACAGCUGGCUACUUUAGAGCAAGCCAGUUUCGAACCCAUCCUUGCUACUUUUCUGAGCCCCAUGUGCGAAGGAUUCAUCGACCUUGAAGGUGAGAAUUUCAAUUUCAUGUGA